AUGGCUCCAAGAAAGCCAGCAGCGGCAAGGAGUCGUCCGUUGCCGCUGACGUCGCUGAACCACGUGUCCAUCCACUGCAGCAAUGUGGAGCAGUCCGUGAAUUUCUACUGCGACGUCAUGGGAUUCGUGCCCGUGCGCCGCCCCGACUGCCUCAACUUCGACGGCGCUUGGUUGUUCAACCAUGGGAUUGGAAUUCAUCUGCUGGGGCAGAGUGAGGACCCCCAUGCACCGCAGUUGCGAGUCCCGAAGGAAAUCAACCCGAAAUCGGACCACUUCUCGUUCCAGUGCGACGACAUCGAGGAGGUGGAGAGCGGUCUCGAGGAGCGAGGCAUUCCGUUCCUGCGGCAAUGCGUGGAGGAGGCUGGAAUCAUGGUGGAGCAGCUCUUUUUCCACGACCCUGACGGCCACAUGAUUGAAGUCUGCAACUGCGACCUGCUUCCCGUCGUGCCACUCCAGGCCGACCCUGACAUGCCUCUCACUCUGCCGGCCUGCGUGCGUCGUAAGCCGCAGGCGUGUGGGAGGCAGGUGCUGGAGAAAGGGCAGCAGGAAAGCUGCGGCCAUAGCAGUGACGAUAGUGGCAGUGAGAGCGGUUGUGAUGAGGGGAAGGAGAGGGAAGGGUCGCACGCCUAUCGCAUCCAUGUCGGCUUGCGACUGCCUCCCGCCAUGCACCCUUCCGCCUUCACCGCCCUUUCCCGCAGGGAGGUUGGCCGCGCGCCUCUCUUUGGUCAGCGCGCGCGUGUAUGCUCCCCCGUCGGCGCGACUGACCCUCCCCCUCUGCUCCCCGGCGGCUCCGCUUCCGCCACUCCCCGCGCGCCGUAUUGUCCCCGCGCGCUUCCUGGGUAUUUGAGUGCGCGCGCGUGGGCGUCGCUGCAGCCGGCGGCGCAUGACUGCUACGAUUACGCGCUCUCGACUUCCGCUUCCGCCAUCCAGGUGGACCCCGCGGAGCAGCGCUAUCUUCUGGUGGGCAGCGCGGCGGGCGCAAUAACCGCAUUCGACACCGCCGCGCCCACCGCCGUCGACGCCUUCGCGCACCCCUGCCACCCGCCCCUCUUCACCCUCCCCCGCGCGCCCUCCUCCGACUCCGCCGCCUCCGCAAUCGCCGCGCGCGCGCUCGCGGACGCUUCCGCAGCGUCCGCGGCGGGCGUGGCGCACUCGCUGGCGGUGACGGGCGUGGCGUGGUACCCGGUGGACCCGGGGCUGUUCCUCUCCGGGUCCCUCGAUGGCCUCGUGAAGCUCUGGGAUACCAACACCCUCCAGGCGCUGCUGGCAUUCCACAUGGCAGGGCAGGUGCGGGACGUGGCCAUGUCACACGCACAGGGGGCGCCACUGCUGGCAGCGGCGGCGUGUGAGGACGGCAAUGUGCGCCUCUGUGACCUCGCCUCAGGCGCUGCCACUCACAUGCUGCGCGCCUCUCAAGGUGCCUCCCAAGGUGCCUCCCAAGGUGCCUCCCAAGGUGCUCCCAAGGUGUCUCCCAAGGUGCCUCCCAAGGUGCCUCCCAAGGUGCCUCCCAAGGUGCCUCCCAAGGUGCCUCCCAAGGUGCCUCCCAAGGUGCCUCCCAAGGUGCCUCCCAAGGUGCCUCCCAAGGUGCCUCCCAAGGUGCCUCCCAAGGUGCCUCCCAAGGUGCCUCCCAAGGUGCCUCCCAAGGUGCCUCCCAAGGUGCCUCCCAAGGUGCCUCCCAAGGUGCCUCCCAAGGUGCCUCCCAAGGUGCCUCCCAAGGUGCCUCCCAAGGUGCCUCCCAAGGUGCCUCCCAAGGUGCCUCCCAAGGUGCCUCCCAAGGUGCCUCCCAAGGUGCCUCCCAAGGUGCCUCCCAAGGUGCCUCCCAAGGUGCCUCCCAAGGUGCCUCCCAAGGUGCCUCCCAAGGUGCCUCCCAAGGUGCCUCCCAAGGUGCCUCCCAAGGUGCCUCCCAAGGUGCCUCCCAAGGUGCCUCCCAAGGUGCCUCCCAAGGUGCCUCCCAAGGUGCCUCCCAAGGUGCCUCCCAAGGUGCCUCCCAAGGUGCCUCCCAAGGUGCCUCCCAAGGUGCCUCCCAAGGUGCCUCCCAAGGUGCCUCCCAAGGUGCCUCCCAAGGUGCCUCCCAAGGUGCCUCCCAAGGUGCCUCCCAAGGUGCCUCCCAAGGUGCCUCCCAAGGUGCCUCCCAAGGUGCCUCCCAAGGUGCCUCCCAAGGUGCCCCAAGCCUCUCAGCUGCCCACCCUGGUGCCUCUCCCUCCUCUCCCUCUGUCCCCAUCCACCUCUCGUCCCCACACAUCCCUCCCUUCUCCGCCGUCCCCAUCCUACUCCCCCGCCCCCCUCCCCCUACCCACCCAAACCAACCACCCCCACCCCGCCCCAGGCGCCAUCACGAGCCUGUGUUGGUCACCCGCGUCGCCCUUCCACAUGGCCUCGGGAUCAUCAGCGGGCGCCAUCCGCAUCUGGGACAUCCGCCGCCCGGCCCCGCUGCACUCGCUGCACCACCGCCACUCGCAGCCCGCCCUCCGCCCGCCCCUCCUGCCACGCGUGCUGCCGCCGCCCCCGGCAUGCCGGGCGGCAGCACAGGGAGGAGGAGGGGGAGAGGCGGCGGGGAAGGGCGGCAGGGGGGCGAAGGCGUUGAGAGGGCAGAGGGCAGUGAGAGGGCGGGCAGAGGAACGGGUUGGGGGUGUGGGGAGCGAAGGGAGGGGGUUGGGGGAUGGGAGGGGAUUGGUACACAAGCGAGGGAGGGAGGAGAGCGUGGGUGCUGGGAGGAAGGGGGCGUGCGAAAGAUGGAGGGUUUCAACGGCGGUGGGGAACGCAGGGAAGAGGCAGGGGAAGGCGGGGCGGAAUGAGGAGAAGGAUCAGCAUGGGUUUGUGGGGUGGUGGGGGGGAGGAGGGGGUGUGCGUGUGAGAAUUGGGCAGAUGGGAAGAGGGCAAGGCGAGUGGGGGAGGGGAGGGGUGGGGCCGCAGCGGCAGUGGAGGGAUGAGGCAGAACAGGCGGCGCACGAAGGGGCUGUCCUCUCCAUGGCUCCCACCCCCAAUGGCCUCUUCCUCCUCUCCUACGGCUCAGACCAGCGAUUGCGACUGUGGGACGUGGAGGCCGGCGCCAACACGCUCAUCCAUUAUGCAAAUCAGAGAGCGCCACGUGGCGCGCUGGCGUCAGAGGCCACAGUGUUUCACACAUGGACAGGGGAGUCCCUUGCUUCUCUGCAUGCUCACUUCGACAACGUUAUGCUUUGCUGCUCUCACCCCGCCGUGCCCCAAGUCUUCUCUUCCGGUGCAGACCGCCAGCUCCUUUCCUGGACAUCCCCUUUCCUAGACCAACUUCACUCGCCUCAGUCACACUCAUCCACUGCGCUGAUAUCGGUGCCGGACAAGUUCGAGCUGGACUACAAAUACGCGUUAGUGGACGAGAAGCUCAACGUCAUCAAGUGGGAGUCCGGCGACACGCGCCGCCUCAUUCUGCCCGACGGCCUGCCAGAUGGCGCCAUGGUCGACGUGCUUGACACGUGGCAGGACGGGUCGUCCCCCGAGACGCUGCUAUCGCGCAACGCAUUCCGCAAGGUCAUCUUUGGCAAGGCCGCGCAGGCGGACGACGACAGCGACGACGCACCCACUGCACUGCCACCGCUGCCGCCAGAGCUCUUCGAGUCUAAAGAUGACAUUGUGUUGAGAUUCAGAGUGAACUGCUCGCGGCUAGACAAGGGCCAGAAG